AUGCAUGUGCGCCACAGCCAGAUGAGCAGCAGUGUUCCAGCGAUUGAACCGAUUACGAUUCCGGCGAUGGCGCCGCCGGAGAUUGUGCUUGGGCAGUUGCAGCCUGAGGAGCCGGAGCCGGAGGAUUGUCGAGGGAGGAGGUGCGGGGUUGAGUCUGCGUCUAGUCUUGAUGAGGACGUUGAGGAGAGGGAGGGCAGUGAUGAUAAGGUGAUUGGGGCCUGGUUUUGGCAGGUGGUU